CGGAUGUUAUUUGCGGAAGAAAUGAAUCCUUCAUAUUUUGGUGCGACAACACUCGGUGGUAAUCCAUCUGCGUUGCCGCCGGCAUCGAUGGACAUGACUGCAUCUUGGAAGCCUAUUGGCCAUAAUUCUACUGAUUUCACACCUAUUUACAAUGAUUCCACUGCAGGUGGUGGCCCGGGUAUUGGUAGCAAAUUGAUAACUAUAUGGGGACAUCCAAUGGAUUACAACGAUACCGGGCAUGCCGAUCCCACAGCAUCUUCGACCUAUGCUGCUGCAGCUGCUAACUUACCAAAUUAUCCUAAUAACGGAUUUUGUUGGAAUGAUUCUCAACAACCUGCAUCAGCAUUUCACCAAAUUCCACCACAAUAUGAUCAAAUUCCUUUCCAGCAGCAAGAAACUAAAUUUACCGCAGGCAGUCAAUGGGGUAAAACAGAAAUUGACCAAACAAUACCAUGGAAUCUCGAAAAUAAUGUCAUUCCAUCCUCAGCAACAACCUCAUCCACCUCAAUCGCAUCGAUAUAA